UACUUAAUCGGGCUAAACAUGUGAAUUCAAACCUAAUGCAUUUUGACAGUGGUGUCUCAGAACAUAAAAUGACUUGGACCCAUGAAAAAAUGCAUCUAGCAGAAUCUGUUGAUGAUACCAGAAUGAAGUUUCAGCGUAGCGCCAGUAGCUCGACGACAAAGACAAGUGAAAAGUUCGAUUUAUUUAAAAAACUUCAUGAAUUGUACAAUGAUUUGAGCAGAGAUGAACUAUCCCAAGCAAGCUAUCAAGGGCUUAAAACUACAUCAUAUUUACUAGAAAAGUUGUUGGCUACAUAUAAUCUUAAUACUUUAAUAAUAAAUUUGUAUCCUGGUAAUAAGGGUUACUCAUUGUCUCUAAAAGUUAAUGGAAAUACACAGUGUCUUCAACCACCAGAUGGAAAUGGAUCAACAAGUCAGGAUGAGACCCUCAUAGAGACUCCAAGAUGGCCUUAUGAGGAAGAAGAGCUUUUAAGUUACAUAGACAAUGAAGAACUGCCUGUGGUGCUAUUGGAUCUAUUGGAAUCUGAACAUUCUUGCUUGUUUUAUUCAGGAUGUAUAAUUGCUCAAGUCAGAGAUUACAGACAAGCAUAUCCAAGUUUUUUGUGUGAUACCCAUCAUGUUUUACUGAGGCCCACCAAUCAGAGUAUAAUAACAGAUGCAAUGUGCAUUGGGAGUCGUUGUGGUUGGGCAGGGGAGGAGCGCAGUGCAUUAGAGGCAGUUGAGGCAGCAUUAGUUCAUGCGGCUGCCCCACCUUUGUGUCUUGAACCCAGACCUGCAGUGGGAUUAUUAGCAGCUCGGUUACAUGCUGCUCCACGAUUAUUUAACACACCUCGGAUAAGACGACAGGCGAAACGAUUUUCACAGGUGGCUGUGAAUAGAAAGAGGAAAUUAGACCAGUUUACGCAUUAUCAUGGUUUAGAAUUAUUGGAGUUAAUACAUCGACAGAGAGCGAAAAAUAGUAGACAGUCAGUACCUCAUACACGACUUACGUCAAAAUAUCCGAAAAAACCACCAGAGGUGUUCAAACCGAUUGAACCACCGAAAAUGGAGCCAUUACCUUUAGCUUUACCCUCGGAACCAAGUGGACCAUUACGGCUGGCUCGAGCCUACGAACGCCCGCGUCCUACACCCGACUGCCAACCUCAAUUAGUCGAGGAAUAUAUUUUGGAAACGGAAAAAACUUCACCGCACGCUGGAGCUGGUUUCUUCCAUAUAAAAUUGAGUAUAUUACAAAGGCCAUCGGAUCAAGAAUUCUUGGGGGAACUGUAUGUAGAUAGAGACCAUGUAGAAGGCGAACGUAACGGCGCUGCUUGUCGAUUUACUUUAGGUUCACGGCUACAAGCAAAUAAAUAUAUACAACAGUUCACUGAGAUAUUCACAGAAGAGGGGCGAAAGUCUGUUCGGAUAAAGCACAUAGUACCUGGUCAAUUACCGAGAGUGUCAUUUACUGGAGGCAUGAGAGAAAUUCAACAAGGGCAGCAUUUAUUGUUGCAGCAGAGAUCAGCUGCUGCCAGUAGUUCUACUGUUCAAACGCAUGCCACCACUGUGCCUGUUGUCACGUCAGCAAUAGCCACGCCCACUGCUCAUCCAAAUACCAGGCAACUUCCUAUAUUGCAAGCGCAACUGCAGCAAGUUGCCGCCGUUGGUACGGUUGGUAGUGUGACCGCGGUCGGCACAGUCGUGGGUACUGUUGGCAACGUCGCCAAUGUUGCCAACGUUGGCACGGUUGUCGGUACGGUUGGCAACGUCGCCAACGUGGCUAAUGUGGGUAACGUGCCGAACGUGGCCAAUGUUGGCACGGUUGUGGGUACGGUUGGCAAUGUAACUACAGUGCCAGCUGUGGCCAGCGUCCCGGCGGUUGCCGGUGUUGCAGUUGAGUCGGCGCUUAAACAACAACCUUCACCUACGCCACGGUUGUCUCCCCAAGUUCACGAUAUUCAUUCGACGCAGGCGUCCACAAAUCAGCUGUUGGCUCAACAAUUAACGAAUCCUCCGCAACCGCUCAACCCACAGAAAAUGCAGUCAGCGAUUAUCCACAUACAACACCCCUUGAUGUCUUCUGCUGGGACUUCACAAGUCCAGACCAUUCAAUAUACGAGUACAACGACGACCCAGCAAAAGACAACAGUAACUAAGCCAAGGUCGACAAAUCCGGCGAUAAAUGCUCUUGUCACCAGCCUUAUGAACUCAGCGCAGCAGUUUCAGCAAGCUGCAAACCAAAACGCGGCAAAGUCAGUGGCGAGUACGGCGAGCAGUAACGCCACGAUAUUGAACUUGCUCAAUAGCGCGCCCGCAGCCAUGACGCACGUGACGUCAUCAGCUGACAACUCGCUCGAGCACAAGCUCCUCACGCGAACUGUGUCCAUUGCGGGCGCGAGACUCAUUGCCGCGACAACUGCGUCGCAUACGCUGCCUACUUAUACCCAGCAGGUCAUGAGUGGAUACACUCGCGACGGGGAGUCAACUAACGUUUCGAGUAGUGAGAGUGCGUUAUUGGAGCGUUUGAUGGGAGGGGAAGAAACUGCGACUGCGCAGGCGCAUCAGCCGCAGGCGCAACCGCAGCCGCAACCGCAGCAGCAAACC